AACCAAUAUGUCAGCGCCCAUAAAAAACAUUUUGACGCUUUACCAUGUCUCGGCAUUAUAUUAAAGGAGAGGAAGAAGAAUGUGUACAGAGGACGUGUUUUGAUACAAAAACAUGGGUCCAAAAGUUUGGAAAGUCAAAGACAAAUCAGGAGAAUUCAGGGACUCCCAGCAACUCAGAAACUUGUGACCCUGGACACAGUCAUAGUUGUCCGCUUGAUAAAGAUGAGCUUGGAAGAAGAACAUGGUCGUUUCUCCACACCAUGGCAGCCUACUACCCUAAUCAGCCCUCCUCUGAACAGCAGACUGACAUGAAGGAUAUGAUGUAUCUGUUUGGAAAGUUUUAUCCAUGUGACUUCUGUGCAAAAGAUUUUAGAAAAAGCAUAAAGAAGGAUUCCCCAGAUACUAAGAGCCAGCAGGCAUUUUCCCAGUGGAUGUGUCGCAUGCAUAAUGAAGUGAAUGAGAAAUUGGGAAAACCCAAGUUUGACUGUAGCCUCGUGAACGAGAGGUGGCGUGAUGGCUGGAAGGAUGGGUCAUGUGAUUGAGAUGAUGAUUUUAAAUGUGUUCAACAGUACUAGGCCUGUAUCCACAAAGCAACUUCGUAAUUUUUUUGAGCAUGGAGAAAAUAAUCAUCUAUUUAGUUUAAACAUCUUUUUAUCUCAUUAAGUAUUGAUAAGUGAAAAGUGAUGUAUUUUGAUUUGGGGUAAUGUGUGCUCAUUUUUAACUUGUCUGAUUUCAAAGAAAAAAAGUUUAGGAAUGUUCAUAGUCUUUUUUGCAAUGACUUUAACCUUGGCCAUAAAUGACAAAAAAAGUGAGAAACUUUCAAGAUAUUCAAAUGAAAUUUAGAACACUUGUUGCCAGUGACAAUACACACAUGCACAGCAAGGGCAAUAACUCCGGCUUGAAUGAUAUUUAUUAAAAUUGUAAUUGUUAACACAUGCCCAUCUUUAGACUGAAAAAACAUACCCAGAACAGACGAGCAUUCGCUCUCCAGUGCCCUUGUUUGCAUUUUGGUAUCUAAAAAAAUUAUUUUGCUUUUCAUACAUUUUAAAAAUAUAUCCAAAUUUAACUUAAGUUGCUUUAUGAGUAUAUCCCCAGUUAUAUAUUAAAACAAAACUGACUGUGAUAGCUUGACAAGUGAAGUAUGUUAUAAAUGUAUAAACUUCUUUAAACAAUUUUGCACUUGGUUUGUUUUCCUUUUACUGACAUAUUUUUUUGGCACUGACAUAAAAAAAAUGCACAUAUUUAGAUGUUCAUACUUUUUUCUUCUUUUUAUAUGAUUUUCUGUACAACAUGACAUAUAUCAAUUUAUAAAAAUGGCAUGUUAAGUAUGAGCAUGAGGUUAUGAAGCGGUAAAACCCAUGUUUAACUGUAGGGGUGGCAAUGACAUAUAUAUUUCUUUUAACCUUUCCAAUGUUAUGGACAAAAAACAUUUUAACAAUUGAUCCAAGUAAACAUACCAUUUUUCUUUAAUAAAAUAAUGAGUUCUUAAGUUAAGCCAUAUAUGUACAAACAUGUAUAUCCAUAGAAACAAAGGUUAUUGAAUUUGUUCCACAAAUCUUGUUUGAUUCUUCAGUCUUCAAAGGUGUUGCAUUGUCUUUAUUCUAAAGAAGUCACGUAGGUUAGAGUACGAUAGUUUGCAUUGACACAAGUAUUUGUUUGUCUAUAUUAUUUUAUAGAUAUAUUUGUACUGAAAGGCUCUUGUUGCAGUAGUUAUGGUACAACAAGAGAAAAGCAGUGUAAAUAUUUUUUUUUUAAUUAUUUGACUCAUUGUUUGUUUCUAGAAUUUGAUUCCAUUUAUCUUCUUUUCUAUGGUUUUCUUGCAGGGUUUUAUUUGCAGUUAAUAGAGUUUUUUUUAGAUUUUUGUAUAUAAUUUCGCAACCUCUGAACAAGUGUGAUUCAGUCAUUAUUAAUAGGUGAUUCAGAUACGGACCGAGCCCCGUUUCGAUAAAAGUUGUAAGGCUAUAGAUUGUAAUUUCUAUGGGUAACAUCGAGUUCGUUUGUAGCGUUAA